AUGACAAUACUAUUACUUCUUAUAGCUUUCAUCGGGUUUAUACCUAUUCCUGAAGUGGAAGCAUGUAUGCCUGGUUAUGAAGCGGAAAGAGAUCGAUUACGAGAGCAUUUGGGAAUCGAAUGGAUUCAGAAUGGGUUAUCGAAAUCAGGCUGGACUCCAUCUAAAUCAAUCCGUCACUCAUCCGACUUGAACUGUGACUUUUCUCAUCCUGAAAAAUGUCAAUGGAAGAAUAUGGCUGAUGAAAAACAGAUGGAUUCGAGAGAUUUUUAUCUUUUUGAAAAGAUUGAUUACACCGAAUUCCCAGUUCUUCGUGUAGGCCCAGGACCAUCGAAGAUUCAACAAGGAGAUAAAAUGAUAUUUGUUGGUGACAAGAAGAGAGAAGAACAACAUGCAAUCUUCUAUUCAUCGCCUAUCAAUUGUCAGAAUUCGACUGGAAAUUUGACAUUCACAUAUUGGGUGUAUAAUAGUGCUCGAGUUGAAGUAAUUUUAUUGGAAGAUGAUGGACGAGGUGGCUAUAAAAUGAUAUUUGAUGACCCAUCUGAAGAGAAACCAUACGUGGAUUGUGGAACAAUUCAAUUGAAUACUGAAUGUCAUGCUGAAAUUCCUCCACGUGAAAAGCCAUUCAGAAUAGGAAUCCGUGCAUAUGAGAUUUCAAAUACAGAUGGAUCAUUUGUUAUGAUUGAUAAUAUUCUUUAUUCUGCCAGUCUGUGUAAAGUUGGAAUUGAUAUCGGUGACAACUUCAAAUCAAAUGCAUUGGAAACAGGGGCAACUGGAAAACACGUUGAUACGGCUGCUGAAUUAAAGUGUGAUAAUUUUGAUUCGAAAUGUCGUUGGAGAUCUGGAGGAGAUGCUAUGGUGAUGUGGCGUCGUUCCUCAUCAAUUCUUCCAAGUCCGCUACUUCUGAAUGCAACUGGAACUACCGUAGGACCACGUGGUGGUUAUGCAGUACUGUAUGUUGAACAAGGAACACAAAAGAAGUCGUUGGAUAUUCUAAGAUCUGAUCCAAUUACUUGUCAAAGUUUAACUGAGAAUGAAUUCACGUUUAGAUUUUGGGAGUUUGGACAAAUUGAAUUGGAAGCAUGUGCUGUGGAUUUGAUGUUGAAAGAUGUUGAAUGCGUACCGAUUCCACGUGGAAGUUCACCUGCAAAUGUGAAACUGACAUUCAGAAAAGCCACGAAGAAUUUUAUGAUUGUCAUCCGAGUUUCUUCUUUAAAUUCUGAUUUUGAUAACAUGGUUAUAGUAGAUGAUAUAUCAUAUCGAGCAACUCUUUGUACAGAUGCACUCUCUGUAUUUGAUAUCGGAGAUUCAUUUGUUUCUACACCAAUGUUAUCACUUCUUCUCAGUCGAAAUGUUCAUACAGCACAAGAUCUUUCAUGUGAUUUCUCAAAAAGAGCAUCUGCUUGUCUAUGGGGAAUGUUGAAUCAAGAUGAAGAAUCAUCUGAUAUUGCAUCGAACACCUGGACUGUUGGACAUGGUCCACUCAAUGAUGAGAAGUUGUAUUCAUUGACUGGAAUAUCUGAAAUGCCAGAAGGAGAAUUCGGAUUAGCGAAAUUCGAAACUGGUGGAAAUGCUGUUUUAUUGUCUGAAGUAGUCAGGUGUGCACUGGAUAAUGUUCAUGUUCAAUUCAAAUUAUGGACUACUGGAACUGCAAAAAUUAAGGUUUGCCUUGUUGAAGAAUCCUCACCAUCUCUCCUCGAUUGUCAAGAUGCGAGCAGUGGAGACGUAGUCGUCGACCUUCCACGUAUUCGUCGCCCAUUCCGUGUUGCAUUCUCAGCAGAAGCAGAGGAUCAAGGAAUGGUAUUGAUUGAUGAUAUUGUUGUAACUGGUCAGAUAUGUCCACCAACUGCUGCAAAACAGUUUUCAUCAAAAACUUUCCGACCAACUGCUGAUAUUCCUGAUCCAAAUGUCUGCAGAUUGUUGUCUUGUGACUUCCAUCUAGGUCAUGCUUGUCUCUAUGAAAGCUCUCAAGUCCCACAUUCAGCAAUGCACGGAGUAUCUCAACGAAAAUUGAAUGCAUUUUUGACUCGUUCGAAACGUGUUUUUAUUCUGGAAUCCCCUCAGUUCAGAUUGAAUACCGUUGCUCGACUUCAUUUCGAUUAUAAAUUACAGGGCGAUGCGAACUUAUUCAUUUGUAAUGAUAGUGGAACGAAAGAAUUAGAAAGUUGUUUCAAAGUUGAAGGAAGAGAAGGAAAUGAUUUUAUUGAAUUGCUGGCUAGUGAUACAAAAGUUUACAUCAUUUCUCGACUCUCGGAAUCCGGAAAAUCUGGAUCUCUUGAAAUUUCGAAAAUAGUUUUCACGGAUAUUAGCGAUCAAGCUAUUUGUUAA